UGUGGGUAGUAAGAGCUGUGGGGUGGAUGUAGCAACGAUGCAGCGAGCAACCUGCGUCAGUAUCCUCGCUUCUUAGUGCUACCUGCGCGAUUCAACCCGUUCAUGAGCUGACUUUCCUUGAUUGUUUCCCAAGUGCGCCCAGAUCGGAAUUUACGGUUCUCGUCGGCUGUCAUAGCGAUGGAGUUCAGCCCAUGGAUUGCCAAAAUUCUCCGAGUGAGCUUGGGGAUUGAAACAGCGCACCGGUUCUAAGAGCAAUCCAGAAACGGCGUAUUACAAGUCCUCAAAACUCAAAGAGCAAUCCAGGGCACCAGUUGGGCAGUCUCGUCGUUUGAGCAAGCUGAGGCAGCGGUGUUUUAUAAACAAUCGCCCAGUAGACGGCGUUUUACAACGCUUCGCGACGUCGUCGCCCUGCACAGUAGGCUGCGACGCGAAACGCUCCGGACCACCCUGACCAACAACUGUAUAAGCCCCUGCCGUCAGUGUCACUUACAUACGCCAACUUCCCCCCUUAUAAGAAUCAGAGCGCCGCUUUAGCAGAAGCCGUAGCCCGCAUGGCUGAGAGGCAAGGGAGCCACGUGGGCGGCGGUCUUGACUGCAGCAGCCGAGCUAGGAGGAGUGACGAGCGUAACAGCAGCAACGGUACCGGUGGGAACAGCCAUGGUUGUUUCAUUGUCGCACCGCGCGGUACCACCAGCACCCCUGCCGCCGCCGCCGCCGAAUCCGGUGCCUCCAACUCAACUGAUCCGGAAACCGAGGCGCUAAUAUCCCCCGUCGCAUCCUCCAUCGACCUCAAUGAAUCUCGACCGCACGAUGAAUUCUCGGCUCCAUCCUCGCCGUCCAGCGACGAGUCACCUCCUGGCGACGAAUCUCCGCCGUCGCCGCAGUUCGCGGUGAGCGACACGGCACAGCCGUGGUCCAGGACAGGUGGCGCGAUGGCAUUGGACGCCGCGAGGCUGAUUCAGCAGGUCGGGAUUCAGCAGCUCAUGCGCCGACGGCAGUCGCCUCGCCAAGCCUCAGCUCCGGAACAGCUGCCCGACCCGCAGCCCAGCACGUGGGCGUAUUCCCGCCCGGUGGUGAUCCUCGACGCGUUUUGGAACCUCGCCUUCGUUGUAGUCACGGCCAUCACGCUCUUUAUAAGCCAGGCGCGGCACGAGCACCCCCCCGCGCCGCUGUCCAUCUGGUUACUCGGUUACGCCGUGCAAUGCGCGGUCCACGUCAUCUGCGUGCUGCUGGAGCACGAGCGGCGGGAGAGUCGGCGGGUGCGGGAGCGGCAGGAGCAGCGGGAGCAGCGCAGGGGGGGGAGACGCGGGCGGGGGAGGGGGAGGGGAAGGAGACGGGGGAGGGAAGGGCGGAGGGAAAGGGGGAGGGAGAGAUCACGAGAGGUAGUAAUGGGGGUUGGGGGGGCGAAUGGGGGGAAUGGGGGCGCGCAUGGGGAGGGGGCGCAAUCUAAUGGGGGAACGGGGGAAGGUCAAUCGGGGGAACGGGAGGCAAUGAGGGAGAGGGGGGAUGGGGGGGGCUAUGCGGAAAGGACAGGCGGCCAGAGGGAAAGGGGGGGAGAAGAAGACUUAAACGUGCGCAGGAGAGACGCGGGGAGAGUUGUGACUGUAGACGAGGCAGCUUCUGUGCUUAUAACGGGAGGGGUUGUGCUAUCAGAAAGGGAGGCGGGGGAGGAUGAGGCGCUGCUGCUGGGAAUGAUGGUGGUGGGUGAUGGCGGGGAAGAAGAGGAGGAAACGGAUGACUCAGACCAGAGCCUCGCACGGCGCAUCGAGUCGGCCAACACCAUGUUCUCCUUCGCCUGGUGGCUCGUCGGCUUCACUUGGAUUCUUUCCACCAUCGACGACUCCUUCAAAGACGCGCCCAUCCUCUCCUGGGCAACCACGGCCUUCCUGGCGUUCGACGUGUUCUUUGUCGUGUUCUGCGUGGCAGUGGCGUGCGUGGUGGGCAUGGCGGUGUGCUGCUGCCUGCCCUGCAUCAUCGCACUCAUCUACGCCGUCGCGGACCAGGAAGGAGCAUCAAGGGAGCAGAUCGAGGCGCUACCAAAGUUCAAGUUCUACCGCCAGCGCACCGCCGCCAAUAACCUCCUAUGGCAAGCCAGCAGCGCCUGUCCCUUCCACUCUUGCUCCUCCUCCUUCCGCCCCUCCUCUUCGCCCUCCCUCUCCUCCUCCACUUCCUUCUCCUCCACUCCUGCCAUCAGAACCCCCUCCUGCCCCUGCUGCUCUUCCUCUGCCUUUGCUGGUGCCAUGUGGCGCAAUGCGGUUGGCCUGGCUGCUGGCCUCUGGCGGCGGGCAGGCCGGGCAGGGGGAAAUAACAACAGCAGAAAUACUGCGAGUGGUGAUGGCCCGGACGUCCGUGUGACUGUAGAGGAGGAGACAGGUGGCAUCAUGUCAUUGGUUGGUUCGGUCCAUCCGCCAAGGCAGAGGCAUGUGGAGGCAGAGGAUGCGGAGUGCUGUGUGUGCCUUGUGAGGUACGAGGAUGGGUGUGUGUUACGGGAGUUACCAUGCGCCCACCACUUCCAUGCGGCAUGCAUUGACAAGUGGCUCAAAUCGCACCCGACGUGCCCGCUGUGCAAGCGCGACAUUACAAAGGGUGUUGGCAGCGCAGCAGCACCAGACAGGCAGCUAAGCUCACUCUCCGCUGGAGCAUCGGAGGAACGGACGGGUGAAAGCACACUGUAGGGCAAGCUGGGAUACCGCGAAUAAGGGAGGGAGGGACAUCUUCACCACUAGGCAACUUAUACCGAAGGGCAAUGCAUCUCUAUUCCAAUCCAGUGAAAAUUUGUGAAGCCACAUGUCUAAGUUUAUCUGUAAUUCCCUUGCCUAAGAAGUUGGUAGGGGUGAAGGUAGCUUUUCUAAAUAUAUGUGUUUUGCUUUA